UUCAUUCACGUGAUCAAAACAUAAUCAUGGCGGUCUCCGCUGGAGUUCGGUCGAGCGUGGGACUGACUUUGAGACUUUCUAGAGUUAUACCAGAUUGUAGCACAUGUCCUUUCAACAGGUUGAAUAGUUAUUUGAAUGGUAUAGCUAGUUCGUCGAAUGUUGAUCGUUUUCGGACGUUGAACCGACACUUGCAGACAUCCAAAGGGCUGUACCACAGUGAGGCGGGUGCAAGUGCAGAAGACCCCCAAGAAGAGGUGGUGAAUGUGGUGUACAUAGAUAGAUCAGGACAGAGGAUUCCAGUGAAGGCCAAAGUGGGAGACAAUGCAAUGUACCUGGCCCAUAGGCACAACAUUGAACUGGAAGGAGCUUGCGAGGCAUCACUAGCUUGCUCAACGUGCCACGUGUAUGUGAACAGAGACCAUGUCGACAAGCUACCAGAGCCUGACGAAAGAGAGGAUGACAUGCUGGACAUGGCCCCAGCGCUACAGGAGAACUCCAGACUUGGCUGUCAGAUCAUCCUCACCCAGGAGCUGGAGGGCAUCGAGCUUACCCUGCCUAAGGUCACCAGGAACUUCUACGUGGACGGCCAUGUUCCCAAACCACACUGAGGACACUACACUCCACACUAGCACCCUACUUAGUGUGAAGCAACGUAUUGGGCAUGCAUUCUAAGUAGUAUGCUAGUAUGGAUGUUGGAACACGGCCCCUCAGGACUGAGUCGUAAGAGAGAAAGAGAGUCGCUUGAAGGAUCCCUCCCAAGUCAAGAAUGCUCUUACAUAUCCACAUGACUGUGUGACCGAAGACAAAAGCUAUAUACCAGUCACUGGCUGCAUUUAGACAGCGCCCCUGAUGGGAUUGGUCAAAAGACCAAUUAGUGGAAAAAAUAUCCGAAUUGGGCUGCCUGUGUAAACGCAGCCUCUGAAGUGUGUUGUAUUUGGCUCACACUGAAAGUAAUGCUGAUUGUGGAAGAGUUAGAUGGUUUUCAGCAUUCAUGUAUAAAUAUGUCAUGUGUAUAGAAGAGUUCUCAGGCCAAGAUUGAGAUGUCUAUCAAACCGUUCAAUGUCACAAACAGUUCUUUGUUUCAUAGUAACCUGAGUCAGCAUUUCAGAAAGGCCUGUUGUCAUUGCUAUGCAAAUAACUUUGUCCUUGAAUAGAACAUUCCAUGUUACAACUCAUUUACAAAGGUCAACAUACAUCUCAGGUGGAGCUUCCAAAUAGUCUUGUCUCUACAAUAACAGCACUCGCAUACAGCUAAUGAACAGGAUGUUAUGUGUACGUAUACAUAGUUUUCACCAUUAUAUCUACUUUUGGCCAGUAUCUAGGAAUUUUAAUGUGGGUGUGUGGUGACUAGUCAAGACCUUAACAAGCCCAUCCACAACACUGAAAGCCCUUUCCCUACAUCAAGCCUGUCAGGAAUCAUUAACUGUCUCUGAUAUAGCACUUUUGCAGUGUGUUUUGUAAGCAGAGGGCAGCUUGAGAUCGAUUGGAAUGGAAAGGGUUGAAUCUGUUAGAUAACUGAUGAUGCCAAGGAGAUACUUGGGCUGCAUUCACACAGGCAGCCUCAUUUUGAUAUUUUUUCCAAUCACAGAUCGUUGCACAUCAAAGCUGAUCUGAUUGGUCAAAAUGCAGCCUAAACCAUUUUAAACUGACAGAUGCAUUUUGUCCAAUUCCCAAGUCAUUUCUGUUUCUGUCCAUCCAUACCCAGUAAUGAUUUGCCUUGUCAAUUCACCGUUAGUAGUCUCAUAACUGUCCAUCAAAAAACACCUGUAUCCAGUAUUAGUUGGCUCCUUUAUGAACCUGGAAUGCUUUCACUUGUACUGUAAUUAAUGUCUGUCAUACGCACAAAACGUGUAGGUGUAUUAUGUAUAUAUGGUAUAUCUCAAAUUUGCAAGUCUAUUUUAGAUUUGUGCAAUAAAAAUACCAAAAGUU